AUGAGGCGGCAUGGGUGGCAGCUCCCUUACCACCCUCUCCAGGUGGUCGCCGUUUCCGUGUUCGUGGCGCUGGCGUUCGCGUUCUACGUCUUCUUCGCGCCCUUCGUUGGGAGGAAGGUCUUCCAGGAUGCCGCCAUGGGGCUCUACACUCCUCUGGUUUUAUGUGUAUUCCUUCUGUACAUCUGGUGUGCUGCGACGGAUCCAGCAGACCCAGGGGUCUUCAAAUCAAAGAAGUACCAAAGAUUGUAUGGAGGCUGCAAGCAUAGGCGUCUCAAGGAGUCCAUACAAGGUGUUUCAGAUGUUGGAUUACAACUAGAGGGAACUGGAGAAAAGAGAGGACAUGAGGUUGCUGAUGCUAAUGAGAAGUCAAUGACUGAACUGAAGAACAAAAGCUCAUCUUGCUGCAGUGCAACUUUCUCUGCAUUUCUCCUUAUAUUCAGCCCUCUUUCUUUUGUUUUUUCCUGCUGCCGAUCACGUGAAUGGUCCUCUGAGCAGCACGACAGUGAAGACGGGAUGUUUUUCUGCAGCCUUUGUGAAGUCGAAGUGUUGAAGUACAGUAAGCAUUGCAGAGUUUGUGACAAAUGUGUGGACGGUUUUGAUCAUCACUGCCGGUGGCUCAACAAUUGUAUCGGAAAAAGAAACUAUAGAAGGUUUUUUCUUCUAAUGACAACAGCCCUUUUCUUGCUUAUCCUGCAAUCAACAACUGGAGUAUUGGUGCUAGUUCUCUGCUUUGUUCAGCGAAAGGAAUUCUCUAUGCAGAUUGUGUCAAAGCUAGGAAGCAGCUUCUCUAUAGCGCCUUUCAUCAUUGUGGUGGCAUCCUGUACCAUCCUAGCUAUGAUUGCUUUACUGCCGAUUGCUCAACUUCUCUUUUUCCACAUCCUUCUCAUCAAGAAGGGAAUCAGUACCUACGACUACAUCAUUGCCCUGAGAGAGCAAGAACAAGAAGAGGUUAGUGGGGAGCAGAGUCCACAGAUGUCUCAUGUAAGCUCCUAUGGUGGGCUUAGCAGUACUAGUUCCUUUGGUGCACUCCGUCGUGGUUCAUGGUGUACCCCUCCAAGACUGUUUCUUGAAGAUCAGUUUGACGUUAUUCCAUCAGAGGCUGGCUCUUCACAUAACUCCGCUACCAAGAGAAAAGACGAAGAAGUAAGGAGGAAGAAAACCUCAGGGGCUGUGAAAAUUAGUCCAUGGGCACUGGCUCGUCUUAAUGCAGAAGAAGUUUCUCGAGUUGCUGCCGAAGCAAGGAAGAAGUCCAAGGUUUUAGUGCCCAUCAGAAGAGACGAGUACUCACUCGGUCAUGAAACAGACAGUAGCUAUGGAGGCAUGAGCAGCAGGAUUGAUCUGGGAUCUGAUAACACAAUGAGAACAAAUAGGAGAGGAAGGCCCCAUGGUGAUCUCUCUCUUAAACCUGUUGCAAAAAUAUCCUCAGAUGCCAUCGACAGUAAUGGCAGUGACAUGAUCAGUUUAGCACCGUUGCAGCUUGAGGCGCGAAGUGCUUUUCAUCCAAGUAGAGCCGCAUCCUCCGCCAACAUCGAUGGCUCGUCUCCAGAUAGCAGUUUGGAUUCGCCUGAUCUGCACCUGUACCGAUUCUCAGGUGUCUCCUCGUCCGCAGCUGAAGACUUGCAGCUGGUAGCUCUCACUGCCCCGGGAAGCACUCCACAUCAUGGCAUUCAGCUGUCUAGAUCAACCAGUGACGGGUACGAAGCAUCAGGCGGUGAAGACAGCGAUCGCAUCCCGUCAAGGAUAGUGCACCGCUCCUCCAACUGGGCAAGCAUCAUCCUCAGCACCGAUCAGGGUGUUCCCUCGUCGGGCGCCCUUGUGCAGAAGAACAGAUUGCCUUAG